GACACCUCACACCUCCUUCGGUCGGUGUGCUUGUGAAGCGCGUGGAUGCAAAGUUUUCAUCGGAUGAUUGAAAUUCAUUUGUCAUACUUUUUGCGAUAAAUGCGCGCUUUUUGGCAGCGGUUUUGGACGAACCAGUUUGAAUGCGUAGUAGAACUUAAGCCGUACAAUCUUGCAUGCGCUCGAGGCGAAGCUCAUCAGGUGUUUUUUAGCUGCAGCUGAAGAAACGCGUUAAAGUUUAUGGAUUUAACGUUUUAUGCGCAGAAAGAUCGAUAAAGACCUCGUCAGUUCCGCUUUCAUUUUUUUAUUUUCUUUUUUAACUUCUCGUACAUUUUUUGGAAGGAUACGGACAGUACAGCAGGUCCAGGAUGGAACAUGAAGCAGAGAAAUACCAGCAGCGACUCCAAGCCAUAGCGGAGAAACGGCGUCUACAGGAGGAGCAAGAGCGUGCCAGAAGAGAAAUGGAGGAUGAAAAACUAAGACUUCAACAGCUUAAGAGGAAGUCCCUUCGAGAUCAAUGGCUGAUGGAUGGACCUCCCACAUCUCCUGACAGUACAAGCCCUCGAUCUCCACUCUGGGGCUCUAAAGCUCAGGAUAUAGAGACACGCAUUAACAAAUUACAGGUAACGUCCGAACAGUUGGCAGAAGAAGAGGUCAAAGUGAAGAAACAUAUUGAAGAUGGCUUCGAUCUACCCAGCUCAGACACUCAGACAAACAGUAAGGAACAGAGGGAGGCGGAGCCAGUUGAAACAGUUGUUACUGAGAUGGUCCCUAAUGGACCCAUCGUGGAGAAUGGAAAAGAUGAAACGAAAGAUGUUUCUGUGCAUACCGAGAAUCACGAUUCAGAAGUAGAAGCAGUCGCUGAUGCCGAGGAAGAAGCAACAGAGAUGUCAACAACUGCUGCUGUUGUUAAUGGAGCUGUGGAUGCAGAAACAUCAACCAAAACUCCAGAACAGGAUGAAGCACCUCACACUAACGGCUCGCAGAUCCACCCUGUUGAUAUUCUUGGAGCAGGUGGUGUUACUAUGACGUUCCUAGGCUUCAAAGAGGCCGAGCCUGGGCACGGAGUAAAUGAGGAUGAGGAUAAUGAUGCCUGCGCAGUCAUUCGAGCAGAAAGAGUGAUCAUUACAGACGAAGGCGAGGAAAUUCAGGAGGAAGAUGCCGGGUCGGCGCAAGAAUCAGACGGAAAUAAUGAAGAAUCUGAAAGCGCAACUGUCGUAGUGGAUGAAAUCGAGAAUCAGAUUGAUCCAGAAAUUUCUGUAGAUAAGGAGCAGGAUGAAGUUACUAAAGGUCCCCAAAGUGAAGAUUUUUCUGCUGAGCCGGUGGUUACAGUUGAAGAAGAAGAAGAAACAGUGGAACAAGAGCUUCCAGAAAUUGAGACACUAGAAGCUCCUGUGCAGGUCUCCCAGGCUCCGGUGCUGUCAACAACGCAACCGUCUCCUACAACCAGAUCAAAAACCGAGGGGAUGACAACAGAAUCACGACCCCCAAAAGAAGAGGAGGAGGAGGUCGUGGCAACCACCCGCAUCUCCCUCAGCGAAUUUCAAGAGGUUCCUCUUGAUGGAGAAUCACCAGAGAACAAGGCAAAAAGUGAAAAACCGCCCGCAGAACAAGAACCACUGAUCGCCAAAGCAGAGGCACAGAUGGAUACCAGCAGCCCAAAUCGGGCUGAAGACGCAGGUGCACCCAAACGAAAAACCUGCCAAUGCUGCUCCAUCAUGUGAACGUUGUAGACUGCAGUGCCUUUUAAUCCUUUUCAAGAUGUUCAUAUUUUUGAUCUCGCCACAGUAUCCUUUCACUUUGCGGAGUCAUCAAAGCACACCGUGUUUGUACUGUUCGUAAAAAGCAAGACUUUAAAUCUAAAAGACUUCCUUCCUGAACCGGAUUCCCAUUUUUCACAAUUUAAAGGCCUAUUGCUCCUUUAAGCACAUACAGUAGCCUUGGACAAAUAUGACUGUUUAUUUGUUGAUGCAUAAGCUUUUGUACAUUCCCAUCAUGCCUUUGGUGUAUUAAUGUCAAGUACCUAUAAAAGCGUUAGCUGCUGACGCACCGGGGCCCUGGUUUUAACACUAUGAUGUAAAAAAUGAUGUUUUAUCAAGCACAUGGAAGUCAGCGACUAAUAAUUAUCUACAAUAGUGACAUAAUCAUAUACCAUGUGUGAUUUGAAUAUUAAUCAUAAUGUUAAUCUUAUAUUUUUGCAGAAAUAACUCGACUUAAAAUAAUCCAUGUUGCACGUAAAAUUAAUCUACUUAAAAUUUAUUUCAAAUUAAGUUGAAUCAGCUUAAGUUAUUUCAACUUUAUAUUAUAAUUCAACUGCUCACUAGUCAAGAAAGUUGAAGUUUUAAAAAAAAGUGCAAAAAGGAUUUUUUUCUGCUGGUCUGAGUUGAUUUUAUUGUUACAGUGCCCUUAACUGUCUGACAGAAGUGUUUUGAAGCCCAAAAUGAAAGUGUGUAACUGCUUUGAGCCUAUCAAAUAACAGUAUGUUAGUAUACCUUUACAGUACUUCUACAGUAUACUUCUGUUUUUAACAACAGAACCUUUGAGAUUAGCUUUUUUUACUUUUUAGAAAUUGACAACAGCUACAUACCAUGAAAUGUUAUCAUUAUUAUUCAAAGUUUUCAGUUCCAUCAGAUUUUUGAACACAGAAAUUAUACAGUAAGCUUGAUGCAAAUUCUCAGUGCCUUAACUGAGUGCCUUGUAUGUACAGUAUAUAUAGCUAUAUAAGGAGUUGAAUGCAGAGUAUUUUGUAUAGAAAGUUUACAUUGGAAGAGCUGUAUAAAAAUAAAUAAAUUGAUCAAAUGUU